AUGACACCGAAAGAGCUUUCCGACAACGAUGAUCUGGCCACCGGUCUUGUCGUUGACACGAUGCUCGGUUUUCAGACGCACAAAAUGGAUCUUAAGUACCGGCCACUAAAGGCGGCUCACCGGGAUGAGGUUAAGAACAUCAUUGAAGAGUUUAUUCGGACUCAGCGGUACGACCAGUGCUACCAGAAGCUACUCGCCGGCAACUGGGUGCCACCAUCCGUGCUAAGUGGAAACCAUUUGACCCAAAAGAGGCUGGAAGCUCACGUUUAUCGCUAUUUGUGUGCAUUUGGCCAGAACUCGGGCUUUGUGAUUGAGCACUGCAACCGUUACUCGCUCGAAGGUCAGAAGGGUGCGAAAAUCUGCUCCACCCGCCGCUGGAAGGUGAACGAACAAAUUGAGUGUCUGGUCGGGUGCAUCGCCAAGCUAUCCGACAUCGAGGAAGCGACGUUACUGCACCCGGGUCGCAACGAUUUCUCCGUCAUGUACAGCUGCCGUCGGAAGUGUGCGCAGCUAUGGCUCGGUCCGGCCGCGUACAUUAAUCACGAUUGCCGAGCGAAUUGCAAGUUUGUGGCAACGGGGCGCGACACUGCGUGCGUGAAAGUGCUGCGCGACAUAGCGAUCGGCGAGGAGAUCACCUGCUUCUACGGGAAGCAUUUCUUCGGACAGCACAACUGUUGCUGCGAGUGUGAAACGUGCGAGCGACGAGGCCGGAAGUGA